GGACGCGAAUAUGUGUCGUCACUCUGUUGCGCCGUGCGUCCUGCCACGCCUUCCAUGAGUGGUGCCCGCUGGCCAAUGACAAAUCGAAAGAAGGGGAAGUGCAAUGGAGAAAUAAAUGGCCCGUCAAACCUCGCGGGAAGAGGGCAGAGCGAAAUUCACGGUGCCGCUAACAUUGGGCGCUCCUCCUGUGACGUCUAAUGGCAGAGGCCACAGGAAUUCUCGGGUCGUCUGCAGGCGGAGAGCGCGCACACACGUGACCCCAGGCCACGCAACAGUCAUGAUGAGCAUCAAGGCCUUCACGCUGGUCUCGGCUGUCGAGCGGGAGCUGCUGAUGGGCGACAAGGAGCGGGUCAACAUCGAGUGCGUGGAGUGCUGCGGCCGGAACCUCUACGUGGGCACCAGCGAUGGCUUUGUCUACCACUUCCUGCUGGAGGAGAAGCCGCUGCCCACGGGCACCGCUGCCUUCACAGCCACCAGGCAGCUGCACAGACACCUGGGCUUCAGGAAGCCAGUGAGUGAGCUGCGCGCAGCCUCUGCCCUCGACCGGCUGCUGGUGCUCUGUGACAGCUGCAUCUCCCUGGUGGGCAUGCGCAGCCUGGAGCCGGUGCCCUCAGGCGCGCGCAUCAAGGGGGCCUCCACCUUUGCGCUCAACGAGAACCCCGUGGGCGGGGACCCGUUUUGUGUGGAAGUCUGCAUCCUCUCUGUCAAGCGCAGAACCAUCCAGGUGUUCCUGGUCUACGAGGACCGUGUGCAGAUCGUCAAGGAGGUAUCCACGCCCGAGCAGCCUCUGGCUGUGGCUGUGGAUGGCCACUUCUUGUGCCUGGCACUGAGCACACAGUACAUCAUCCUCAACUACAGCACGGGCCUCUCGCAGGACCUGUUCCCCUACUGUAGUGAGGAGAAGCGGCCAAUCGUCAAGAGGAUUGGCCGGCAAGAGUUCCUGCUGGCCGGCCCGGGCGGCCUGGGCAUGUUCGCCACCGUUGCCGGGAUCUCCCAGAGGGCCCCUGUACACUGGUCAGAGAAUGUGAUCGGGGCGGCUGUGUGCUUCCCCUACGUGCUGGCACUGGACAGCGAGUUCAUCACCGUCCACAGCAUGCUGGACCAGCAGCAGAAGCAGACACUGCCCUUCAGGGAGGGCCACAUCCUGCAGGACUUCGAAGGAAGAGUGAUCGUCGCCACAAGCAAAGGAGUCUACAUCUUGGUCCCAUUACCUCUGGAAAAACAAAUACAGGAUCUGCUGGCCAGCCGCAGAGUGGAGGAGGCUUUGGUCUUGGCGAAAGGAGCCCGAAGGAACAUUCCGAAGGAAAAGUUCCAGGUGAUGUACAGGAGGAUUCUGCAGCAGGCCGGCUUCAUCCAGUUUGCCCAGCUCCAGUUCCUAGAAGCUAAAGAGCUAUUCAGGAGCGGGCAGCUCGAUGUCCGGGAGCUGAUCUCCCUGCACCCAUUCCUGCUGCCUACCUCCUCCUCCUUCACCCGCUCUCACCCCCCACUGCACGAGUACGCAGACCUGAACCAGCUGACACAGGGUGACCAGGAGAAGAUGGCCAAGUGCAAGCGCUUCCUCAUGAGCUACCUCAGCGAGGUCCGUAGCACGGAAGUGGCCAAUGGCUACAAGGAGGACAUUGACACGGCCCUGCUCAAGCUGUAUGCAGAGGCCGACCACGACAGCCUGCUGGACCUCCUCGUCACCGAGAACUUCUGCCUCCUCACGGACAGCGUGGCCUGGCUGGAAAAGCACAGAAAGUAUUUUGCGCUGGGUCUGCUCUACCACUACAACAACCAGGACGCCACUGCGGUGCAGCUGUGGGUGAACAUCGUAAACGGGGACAUCCAGGACUCCACGCGCGCCGACCUGUACGAGUACAUUGUGGAUUUCCUCGCCUGCUGCUCGGACCAGCAGCUGGUGUGGGCCUACGCAGACUGGGUGCUGCAGAGGAGCGAGGAGGUUGGAGUUCAGGUCUUCACCAAGCGGCCUCUGGACGAGCAGCAGAAUAUUUUUAAUCCAGACGAUGUCAUCAGCUGCCUCAAGAAGUACCCCAGAGCCCUGGCCAGAUACCUGGAGCAUCUGGUGGUGGACAGGAACGUGCAGAAAGAAGAGUACCACACGCACCUGGCUGUGCUCUACCUGGAGGAGGUGCUGCGGCAGAGGGCGGCCUCUGGUGGAGCUGACCCCACAGCCACCGAGACACAGACCAAGCUGCGGCGCCUGCUGCAGAAAUCUGACCUGUACCGAGUCCACUUCCUGAUAGAGCGGAUCCAGGGUGCCGGGCUGCCCGUGGAGCGUGCCAUCCUGCACGGGAAGCUGGGCGAGCAUGAGCAGGCCCUGCGGGUCCUGGUGCACGAGCUGGGGGACACGGCAGCGGCCGAGGAUUACUGCCUGUGGAGCUCCGAGGGCCAGGACACCCCCUGCCGCCAGCACCUCUUCCACACGCUGCUUGCCAUGUACCUGCAGGCCGGGCCCGCGGCCCCCACGCUCACCGUGGCCGCCGUGGAUCUGCUCAACCGCCAUGCCACGGACUUUGACGCCGCCCAGGUGCUGCAGCUGCUGCCUGGCUCCUGGUCGGUGCAGCUGCUUAGCCCAUUCCUCACCGGGGCCAUGAGGGGCACUGUCCAUGCCAGGAGGACUGCACAGGUGGCGCUUGGCCUGGCCAGGUCGGAAAACCUGCUCUAUGCAGCUGACAAGAUGAAGCUGAGAGGCAGCGCCAUUUGGCUCUCAGACCAAAAGCUCUGCCAGCUGUGCCAGCAUCCCUUCUCGGAGCCUGCGUUUGUCCGGUACCCGAAUGGGGGACUUGUGCACCCACACUGUGCCGCCAACAGACAGAAAGCCCCUAGCUCCCCCAGCCCUGGCAGCCGGACUUGAGCUGGGCUUGGGGGUUUGAGCAUGACUGAGUUCUCUUCUGAGUCUGCUGGACACCGAGCAGGCGGUCGCACGCCUGGCGCCAGCCAGCACAAGUGGCAUCAGUGCCCAGAAGCAUCUGUGCCACAAGCCGGGACCCCUCCCUGCUGAGCGCUCUGUGUGAACAUAAAUUCGAACCCCAAGAAUGCUGGCCAGAUGUCGAGGGCUUGCUGUGUGGUGCCGUCAACCAGAGCAAAGGCGAGGGGUCACCCGCAGGGUGCAGACGCCGCGCCCAGUAGAGCCCUCUGUGACACGGGCCCUGUUCCCACUCAGUCAGCCUUUGCCCCAUGGACAGCUGGCCCUGGGGACGUGGCGUGUGUUCCUUCUCCUCUCAGCUCCCCCCUGUCCGCCCGAGCGCGCCUGUGCUUCUGGCUGCCUGAGAAUCUCAUGUGCCUGGGACCUCCUGACGUCCCCAGGUAGCUGCCUGCCAGCCUGAGGAACGGUGUGCACCAGGGCAGGCGAGGCCAGGGCAGGCACAUGUGCCCUGAAGGAGUCCACCUGACCCUGUGCAGCCGGGCACUUUUAUGUGAAUCCGCAGUGUCUCUGCAGUUUCUCUCCAGUUGAAGAUUUGCCCCCUGGGGAUGUUUCUUCUGCUAGCAUUUGGCCCCUCUGGAGACCCAGGAGACCACUGCCCAGAACAAGCACGCAUCAGAACAUCGGGUGCCCUCUGCGUGGCCCUGGGGAUAUUGGCUCAGGCUGCCUUACCUCCCUGCACCUCUGUGCCUGCCCUAACGGUCCCCAAACUGCAGAAAAAGGCCUCCUAUCCAUUGCUGGGGGUCCUUGGGUCUCUGUGUCCAUCCUGACAUGCUGAGGCUGUUGUCACUUCACUGCCCUGCUGCGUAUGCCUUCCUGAGGUGUAGAACAAGGAGCCUGGGUGCACUGUUCCGCCGCCUGAGCCACGAGGGAGUGCGUGGCGCCGGCCAUGGAGAGCCUUGCCGCACUCAGUCUGGGUUUACCUCUCAGGCUGCCCGCGAGCCAAGAAACAAACCAGUCUGUGUUGUUCAAAGAAUUGGCAAUAUUUCCCCCUGUGUUUCAGUUAUUUAAGGAGAAGCAGUGGGGAAUUUCUCCCCAUUGCUCUGCACUGCACCACAUAAGCCAGCGUGGGUUCAAGGCCUGCCGUGGGCACCCUGUGGACAGCUGUUCCAGACCACACGCCCUGCCUGGUGUCACCAGCCCCACUGUGCUGUGUGGUUUGGGUCCCAUGGAGAUGACGUUACUGUUCAUUGCACUUUUGGAAGCACUGCGCCCUGCACGCACAAGCCGGCACCGCCCAGACUCUGGGUACCGCGCGUUGCUCUAAAGUUCGUGUCUGCCUUCAGGGCUGAGCAGUUCCUGUCCCUGCUGAAGCCUGGCAUGGCACCACUGUCUGUGCGCGGGGCCCCGCGUCCCCAGCCUGCCUCACACCCUUACCGGGGCUUUUUCUCGAGCCUUGCUUUUCAGACGGAUUCUUCCUCCCUGGCUCGAGGUUCUGUGACCGCGGCUGUGCAGCCUGGUGAGACUGGCGCCCAGAGCGCCCGUCCUCAGGGGCGCGUGCAGACUCCCUCUGCAUGACCGUUGUCAGGCCGCACCCUCCCGUGGUCUACCAUAGGGCACUGUGGCCGUGGGCCAGAGCACAGAGCCAUGAGGGGCGCCGGCGCCAGCCACAGAAGGGGUGGCACCGUCACAUGGAUGCACAGCCAGGUGACCCUGGCCCUGUCUUUGCUGUCCCAUGGGAAUUUUUGUCCUUGUAACUUUAUCCUUUAUCUCCUUGAGUCCCAGAUACACAACCUGUACACAUGUAAACUUGUUAAUUUUAUUAAAACUCUUAAUUCUU